UACGAUAUAUACGCACCAAAGCUGCUGCUCCUGCUGCUGCUGUUGCUGUUGUUGUUGUCGUCGUCAACACACGAAUGCCGACCGACAUUACCAGCGGAACAAAAAGCGCGCGUCUGCAGUCCGUCCGUCCGUUCGCUGGCGAUAACGACGUAAACUCGAUACAAAACUAUAAUUAUAUGGUGUGAUUUUCUCCACAAACCCUUUGCAGGAUCUUAUCCUCCAGGGUCGGACUGGUCACCACACCUACGCGCUCUUCACUGUUGUAUAAAUCAUAAACUGCGUUAGUGUCAGGGGGCGAUGGUCUGGCCGAACCCGUACGCAAUAAGAUGAUCGGCAGAUGGUUCGUCGGGUUCGCCGUAUUCGUGGGUUACCUGUGCCUGGGCGCGUUCGUGUUCUACAGGAUCGAGCGUAAGGAAGAAGAAAAAAGGCAUUACUUGGAGAUUCUGGAACGGCUCGAACUCAAAGAACUGCUAGCAAAACAUUAUGGGCAAGUAAACGCCCAUGUGCGCAGGCAGUUUGUCCAACAGCUGAACGCGUACUGUAACAAAACGGUGUUGGACGAAGGACCAGACAACGAAGAAGCGCACCAGUACCAAUGGACGUACUACAACGCUUUCUUUUUCGCGCUGACCACCCUGAGCACGAUCGGUUAUGGAAAUUUACAUCCAACCUCCGGUACCGGACGUAUACUGGUGUUGGUGUACUCGCUAAUCGGAAUCCCACUCAACGGUAUCGUGUUGACGCAACUAGGAAGCUUUUUCGAGUCCAGAAUUCUCCGAGCUCAUUACAGCUACAAGACGCAACGGAUGAUGGGACCCCAGCUGAGCCUCAUCCUGGACAUAGUUACGUACCUAAUACCCGGCAUAAUUGUCUUCAUCUUCAUCCCAUCCGGAAUCAUAUCCUAUUUUGAAAAUUGGACGUUUGAUGAGAGCGUAUACUUUACAUUUGUCACGUUGACCACCAUCGGCUACGGAGACUACGUUGCCGGGCAGACCGUCAACACAAAUAUAUGGUACGACGCGUAUAAGGUGUUCUUAGUGUUUUGGAUUAUGUUCGGUCUGGGAUACCUGUUCAUGAUACUUAGCUUCAUAUCAAGGGCCAUGAGAUCCAAGACGCUGGAGCACUUGUUCUUGGAACGACUUAAGCAAACCCACACAAAAAUCUGGCACCAGUUCACCAAGGACGUCGUGUAUAUAAGACGCGUGCUCAAUGAAUCAUACCUGCUAAAAUUUAAACCGGUGUACAAGAAGGAGGUGUUAUCGCGCGACCAACCAUUGAGGCGGAGCCGAAGCGCGCCAAACCUGACCGAGUGGCCGGUGCUGUGUAAAACGCCAGCAAAGGUACAGGCGGCGCGCCGGACGUCCGACGACGAGGACGAGGAGACGGUUCGCCGGCGGUUCGAGAAGCAUCGGAUGAAGCGUCGGCGGGCCCUGUCCCAGAACAAAAUGCGGUCGUUGCUCCGGCGAACCAAGGCCACGUCUGAGAUAGAUUUGGCGCACAUCGACAAGGAUGCCACUUUCGGCGCUGACAUAGCGUCCUACGAGAUCCUGUCCCGAGUGGUCGACGCUCUAGAGACGGCCGUGCCAAACCAACCGGGCGAUCACCAGCACCAGCCGUCGCAGCACGUCCAUCACCAUCUGCAUCAGGAAGCCGGAAAUUUGAACAAGGGAAAAGCGUUAUCAUUCUCCGAAGGUGUUCAAGGGUUCUCGUCCGAGGAUAUAAUAGCUGGUGAGAAAAACGAGUGGACCGUCGGCGGCGAUAUGCUGAACAGGGAAAAUACGUUUGCAGCCAAACAUAGAAAUUCAUAUUUCGAGUACGAUACGUGGGGUGGAGCUGACAAUCAAAAUUUCAAAAAGUUUAACGAGUACGCGAAAAACAGUGGCGGCCCGAACAAGCCGCGAGUGCCCAAGCUUCGUCGCAUGUCGGCGGCAGCAUUCAACUUCUUGUCCAACAACAUCGCGCCUAAAUGGUUGACCGACAAGUUGGCCGACGGCGGUGGCGGCGGUGGAGGUGGCGGAGAACCGACGUGGAACGACGACCCCAGACACAGGCUGUCCCUGAACGACGAACAGGGUUACGGUUACGGGUCCACGUACAACGGUGCGCCAUCGGCGGUAAAUCGCCGGAGCGCUCCGGUGCAGUAUCAACACCGCGGGUCGUACGGCCUUCAAGUGGUGCACGACCCGCAGGUGUACGGGUCUUCGGCGCCCGAACACCCGCGACACCGGCGCCUGUCCAGUCCCGACCCGGUGCUCGCGCACUGCGCAAACACCAUUGCCGUGGCAGAUUUUCUAAUGACGUUGCAACGGUCGCUGGACGGUUCGUCUUUGACAGGCGGAACGUCGGGGGCGCAUCACGGCCUCAACCGGUCGGCGAUUACCGGCGGCGGAUUCGGUUCCGUCGCCCGGCACGAACGUCGGUCUCCACUUUUCACGUUGUUCCAGGACCGGCCGCGGCGGGCGUCCGGCGAAUCGUGGCAGUACUCGUCGCUAACGUCCACUUUGUCGUCCACGUCCACGGCGGUCAGCACGGCGACGACGCUGGCCACCGACGCCGGUACCAUAAACGUGGUGCACGACCAGCCCGCGGCUGCGACGACCACAAGAAGGUCGAGGAAGAAGCGCGCCAGAAGGUUCUCAAUAAGGCCGACCGCGACAGUGGGAUCGGCAGAACACAACGGCGGCGCCCGGUGUUGGACGACGCCGUCCGGGGCCAACAACACGAUCUACGGCACUACCGACGACUCCGACCUUAAGGGAAGAGGAGCUAUUGGGGGGCCGGGUACAGGAUUUAUAGGAGCCAGUGGAGGAGAAGUCCGGCUCAACAUCGAAGACUGACAGCAAAUAUUACCCACCCACCCAUCGACGACAAUACUAUAACAAUUAUUAUUAUUAUUUCACGGUUGAAAGUAUGCAACGAUCGUUAUUGAUCGAUCGUCGCCCGCUGCCGUGGAUCAAAAAAAAUCAUAAUAAUAAUAAAUAAAUGUAUACGAAUUACAAGCAACGUCUGUGUAUAUAAUAUAUUCAUGAAAUACGGAUUUAUGAUUAUGUAUUCAUAGUAAUUAUUAUACGUUUUUAUUGCAUUAUUAAUUAUUAUUAUAAUUUAUUGAAAAACCGUUUUCUCGUUUAGGUACAACGCACGACGUAAUGAUAUUAUUCUGUUACCGUCAUGUUAUUUAUUUUACUUAACUAUGUAUACAAUGUGAUAUGUUAUCCAACCAACAAACGCCACGCGUUUGAUAUUAUUAAAAACAAAAUUUUAAAAUUUUAUAACGAAAA